AUGACCAAUGGUUGGGUACAGGGCAACCAGGAGUGUAGGUUUCUCCAGCCCGACCACUUUGGCGAUCAGGACGUCUAUUGCGAAGCCACCCACGAGCCCGAAGAUGUGUUGUACAUUGGCUCCGACGACGACGAGUACGAAAGCCCGGCCGAACGACGGCAACGAAUAGAGGCACAAGGACGCCGCUAUCUCCAAGGGAAGCGCCUUCACUUGAUCUCAGCCUCACUUUCUGGCCCCUUCACGAAGGCUUCUGGAUGGACCAACCCCUGGCGCUCAAAAUCAGUCGUGCGCAAAUCUUCAAAGAGGAAGCGCCCAACCACUGCGAAGAAACCUGCGACUAAACCUCAACCGCCGCCUGUCCGUUACGAGUCCUCUGAAUUGUCGAGCGCCCGAAGCAACAUUGUACAGCUUGACGAUGCGCCAACGCAAGAUGCCGACGAUGAAAGCCUUAUUAGGGUGCAGGACUGGAGAGAUCGGGUUCUUGCCGAGAUACCUGUCAAUGCGACACCUACCAAUUAUUAUCCGUCUCAAACCGAGCCCGUCAGCACGCCCUCGAAAGUGCCCACGCCGGAGAGCCUUAACGAUGACGCAUCCAGUGAGCUGUCGCCUCCGCCCGAGUCCCCCUUGAUUGUCACGCCUAUACGCCAAAAGAAGACCGUUGGGUUGAAGGAUUCGAGUGUCCGAGAGGAGGAGUUGCCACCGCAACCAGAGCUUCACACACCAGGGGCAGGGCAGGCAAUGCUUUUACCGGUCAUUGAUCUUUCGCCACACGCCAUCAGACUAUUCGAGGAGACUUACUUAUCUCGGGAAUCAAGCAAAGCUUCUCCGUUCAGGCAGCCGCUCCAAGGGAGCUCUCUCAAAAACUGUACGCCAGCUCCAACAUUACUUGUCCAACCGCCCCUCGAGGAGCCUUCCACAACCAGGACACCCGCCGAUGUUGGUUCAGCAGUGACAACAACAACUGAAAGACUGCCAGGCAGCACUCAAACAGAUGGCAGCUUUCGGUUUCGCAAGACGCGCCAGAAGCAACGAGAUCCACCGCUUCGCAAGCGCAGUAGACUUUCCAGCGUCUUACCGAGCAAUGAUGACUCGAGUGAAAAGCGAAAUCAACCAAACCACGCAUCAUCGGAGAUUCGAACGGUGGAACCUGGAACAGUUGACAUUCCACGGGAGGACCAAAAUCCGUCGGAGCCUACAUCACCAACUUCUUCUAACAAUGACGGAGUGGUUAACCUGCCAGAGCCUGAGCCUCGAAUCGUCACUCAAGAAGUUCAACUUGAGACCCAUGUCGAACGCUCAAAGCAAUGCGCAGCGGACAGUCCUCCUAGUAGGGCUUCGCAAAUCGACGGUGUUACCCUGGUCCCUCUAUCUUUUGCCGAGGAAGACCGCGAGGAUGUCGGCAUGGGCAAUGUUACGUGUGAGAAGGAGAAUGCGUCGGUGCCACAGGAUAUCGCGGCCAGUCUUGGUUUUCCCAAACGGCUGUUGUGGCCCAAACCUGGCACUAACGCCACGAACCAGAGUUCACAGUUAACUGUACCCCUUGACUCAGCACCCGCGCCAACGCUCCUUAGGGCGAAGGAGCCUAAGGUGCCUGAAUUUGAGCAGGCUGCAGCGGCGGAACAACAUGUUGCAGAGAUGUCGGUGACGGCCAAUGCUGGUAUGUUGGCAGACGAUACAAAUGAUGAUGAUGUGGUCAAGAGUGGCCCUGAAGAAAAUGAAGAAGAUGAAGAGACAGCGGAGGCUAGCGAGACUGAGGAGGUUACAGUUCUGAACAUGGCGUUGAAGCCUGAACCAGAAGAAUAUGCACCACAACCGCCUAAACAACCAAUAAUGUUGGUGUCGGCGUUACUUGAUCCAGAAGUCUUUGAACCUAAGAUUCCAGAGCCAGGAGUACCAGAACCCCAAGUUUCUGAACCGGCGGUGUUGGCACCGACACCAGCACCACAGCCGAAGCCAGCGCUAGAAUCGGAAGUAGUCUCUGCACCAGCGCCAGAUCCCAUACCCGAACCAAGGACCAUCACUUCCCCUGGCUCCUUGGUCCCCGCAGUCAACGGCCUGAUGGCAGAAAUUGCCCAUCGGGCUUCACAGGGACUCAACGCCAUCCGAAGGGUUUUGGACCCAGGUGCAGAAUCGAGCGGAGCUACAGACAGCGUUGCUAUAACGUUGGGCGCUGAGGCUGUCACCGUUCAGGAAGAGCCAAUCCACGCAGCGCCUUGUUCUAGCCUAUCUGACGAAACUGCAUCGUCACCUUCAUCUGGCAUUGCAACCCCAGAAAUGGCACUGGAUCACGCUAAGGAAACCUCGGGGAAAGCCAGAGACGAACCAAAUUCACCAGCUACAGUUGCAAAAGAGGCGCCCGGGAUUGAUGCUGCGAGUGAGGUAGAAGAAAUGGAAAUUGACACCGAAACGGUGGCCAAACAGGAAGUGACGGAGACUGCUCAUGAAAGGGAGCCUGCUUCCAUCUCAUCACAUCGGUCUUCUUCUCCGGUAUCGGUUGAGCAAAGCCCCUGGGCAACUGAUACAGUAUCACUACCACUGGCUAUCAAUAUUGAGACGCCAGUUCCCGGCAGAAUUGUUGCCCUCACAGUUCCGGAUUCUUGUCAACUACCAGUAUCUCAAAGUCCUUGGGCGAGAGGCGAUUCUCAACUCCAGGUGAUAAUUCCACCAGCUCCCGAAAUCCGCUCUUUUGUUCCAUUCUCUUCUCCUGCCAACAGCGCCGUCCUACAAAGACCCGAGACACCACCACCUCAAAUUUUUCCUUCAGAUACCAACAACUCCCAAGCGUCAAUAGCCCAGCUAUCAACCCCCGAAUCCAACAAACCCGCCCAGCGAACCCCUGGGAAUACCAACAGUUUUGGCCUCUCUACCAAGUCCUUCAGGGAUUUCAUGACCCCUUCCCCUCAACCAGCCAAAAGAAGGAAGAUAUCCGGGAUGUCCUCAGCGAGGAACAACACAGGUCCUAUAAGCAGCACCCAACUCCUUUUCCAAGCCGCCACCGCCAACCCCUGGUCUCCAGGUCUGCUGUCUAGCAGCCGGAGACCGACACCUAAUACAAUAAAACCCAAGUCCUUGCUCCGACAAACACUGUCAACCACCACCACCCCGUCGAUGUCACGAAAAACGAAACGCGUCACCUUUGCGCCUUUACCGGGCGAAACUCCCCCUGCAUUAGACCUAGCAUCAUCCCCCUACUUCUCAGCUGAAUACCCCUCCACCACUCCCUCCGGCACACCCAUCACCCCAAUAGUCUCUUCCCCCCACCCCAAAACGCGACCCUCCUCCCCACCACCAUCAAUUUUGUCAUCUGACCUCCCGAUAGCGGAAACGGAGAAAUUUUCCAAGCACUUUGCAAAGGUGGCUACCAAACGCCUCGGCCACACGACCUUUGCCAACCCGGUGGCUAAACUUCGAGACACACAGAAGAGGUUGUUGCCGAGUGAGAGCCAGCAGGGGUGUGACAGUCCGGGGGUGGAGGCCAUGGCGGAGAAGUUUGUUUUUUUUGCGGACUCACACAACAACUCGGGGAGAACUGCUGGGGUUGAAGGGGGGGAGGAGGAGGAGGAGGUGUUGCUGCAGCCACAGCUUGAUUCCCAGCUUGGGAUAGUCAUUGAAGAUGAGGAGGAGGUAGUGGAAGGGGAGUCACAGGAUGUGGUGAAUGAUGUGUUGCAGAAUCUGGAUGAUUUCCUUGGUGUGGGAGGGGGGUUGUGGGAUGUUGAUUCUGCGGUGAGGGAUAUGGCAAGGGAACAGAGGCACGAAGAAGAAGGAAGAAGGAUGCAGGAGGAGGAGGAGGAGAUGAGGAGGUUGGAGAUGGGGUUGGGAGGGAGUGUUUGGGAAUGA